UUAAGUAGGCUUUUCUUUCUAUCCUUAGCCUCACCCCUCCUGUCUUCUCUCCUCAUUUCUCCUCUCUAUAUCCACUCCCCCUGCCUUACACCUGAUUACUGGCUGCCAUUUUACCUUUAGAGCCGCGGAGCCUCAGCCUCUGCUGAACAUCCUGACAUUUGUCUCGAGCUGUAAAGUUAGCCACCACAUUAUACACAGGCUAACCGUGGCCAGACUUGGCUGAUAGUCACACCUUUCUUCUCAGCUGUUUCACGUCUCUUUGGACCAUGUUUCCUGAAUAUGUGCGUGUGAGAUCAGAGCAUGCAUUCAGUCCAGACGAGGUUGUGGGAUCCCCGACCCCCGUCUAAACAUGUCUCUCCGUUCCCUGCACCACCUCCCUCCAAUUUGCGGCAAGCCCAUGUGACUUCAGCCCCCCCAGCUAAACGGAUCACUUUCUACAAGAGCGGUGACAGCCAGUUUGGGGGCGUCAGGAUGGCCAUCCACAAGCGCAGCUUCAAAUGCUUUGACGCCCUGCUGGAUGACCUUUCUCAAAAGGUUCCCUUGCCGUUCGGAGUGCGAACUGUGACCACACCACGAGGCACCCACACCAUCAAACACCUGGAGCAGCUCCAAGAUGGCGGCUGCUACCUCUGUUCUGACCGGCGGCAUGCUAAGCCAAUUAACAUAGAGCUGGCCAGCAAACGGCAAGGCCUCUGGUACCACCAUGGCAGGAGGCCCCAGAGGCCUGAAGCCCCAUCUACAACACCCCCUGGCCAUAUGCAUUUGCCUUACAGGCAGCGACGGAUCCUGCUGGUGAAGAACAGUGAGCCAGGAAUGAGGAGAAGCAUUGUGCUGAGCAGGAGGUCAACCAGAAGCCUGAGAGCCUUUUUAGAGGAGGUGUCCGAAGUGAUGCAAUUUCAUGUUCACAAGCUCUACACAGCGGAGGGACGCAGGAUCGACAGCAUACAAACCCUGAUGACUUGUCCUGGUGUGUUGGUGUGCGUCGGCCGGGAAGCCUUCAGUCCAAUGCUCAUAAAUUUUAUUAGGAAGACAUCAGAGGAAAAACUGCCAGGUUUGAGCAACAAGUCUCCUAGUUUUGGACCCCGGACUCCUGGCAAUGGGUCUCGGUCUCCUGCAACCCAAGGAGUAAGGUCCUCUCCUCACGGAGCUCAGUCCAGAGCCAGUGAGCAUGAUGAAGGCCAUGAAAGUAAGAAAAAUGUUAACUUUGGACUUGAAACCAAGAAGAGCAUUAUCCACCCUCGCUCCGAUUCCUCAAAUCGCUCCGCCCGUUUCUCCUUAUCCUCUGAAAAGUCAUGCGGUGUCUUCUCCCAGGCAAGACCAGCUAUUAUGAAUGACGACAUAGAAAAGCGCGUUCUAGUAAAUAAAGAUGGCAGCCUCUCAGUGGAGAUGAGAGUGCGUUUUCACCUCCAGAGUGAUGAGACUCUUCAGUGGUCUACACAAAUUAAGAAAUCCCCCUCUCUGACCAAUGAAUCUUUGCCCCUCAGCCAAACACAGCCGGAUUACCUGCAGCAUGGUCAGUCAGAAAGCUGUUCAGACCCUGAUUCUACAGGCUACGAAUGUGUGGACUAUAAUGGACGACCACUGCAGUGUGCAUUGGAAGAGAACCAUUGCCCCUGUUGCUACCAGAGACAAGACCAUCAGUUUGACUUGUGGGAAAACCCCGCUCACAGUCUGAAACAUCCUCCAGUCCCACCUCCACAUACAUCCAACCAUACCAUGAUGAGACAUACACACUCCUCUAGCUCUUCCUCGUCAUGCAACUCCAGAAGGGUGGUUCGCUGCAGAGCACGGCUCUCUCAGUCUCCAGGUGGAUCGGGUUCGGAGCAGAGCCAACUGGUCCAGGAGGAGAUGUGCAUGACAGAGCAAGUAGAGCGCAGAGUAGAGGUGGCAGAGGACGGGGACACUCAGGUAGAGGUCUGCAAGGUCAGCCGGUGCUGCAGUAAAACUGAAUUGGUUGCCAUGGACACUAACCUUCGACCACACAGUGGAAGGUCAGUUGAAGGUGAGCUGAUGAUAGGGGAAGACGAAAAUCGCCCAUUUUCCACCGUCAGCACCUCGUCACAUGUUCUUCAGUCACUGAAAGAGGACCAAGAUGAUGAGGAUGAUGAUCUGCCACCGAGCGCCUCUCAGUGCUCCCACAGAGAUGUACCAUCACCAUCCUCCACUCCUGAGGCUCACCUGGAUGAAAAGCCAAUGAGCAGGAUCUCGGCCAGUUCGAUCCACUCUACUAAACUCAAGGAAAGGGAAGGGACAGGAAGCAAAGCAUUAUCUGGAGCCCCUUCCUGCCACUGUGGAGCAGCCACCCCACACUCAGCAGAACGAGUUCCCAGCUCCGCAUCUAAUAUAAGCAAAUCCAGGAUCCCAAAAUCAGAGGAAGAAGGCACAGCUGAUGUUGAGGAUGAAGAGAUAAAGAGGGCUGUUAGUGGCUUAUCUGGUCACACGGGACUUUCGGCUAACUCCCAGAAGUCAGGAACAUCCAGUGUGUGCCCACACUGUGGUGGCUGUAAGCGUGCAGCCAGCUCUAACGGCAGAGCAUCAAAGAGAUCAAAUAAUUCAAACAGAGCCUCUCCACACCCCACCUCACCUCUCUGCAACAAAGAGAACAGUGAUGAUGAUAAUGGUCAUGAUGAUAAAGCCUCGGAUAUUUCAGCUGUAUCAACGCAGUCAAACAAGACCAACCUCACCAAUCAUGGGCGCCUCUCUGCUAUGUCAAAUGUCUUGGAAGGCAGAGCACCCAGUGCCAUGUCCAGAUCCUCCAACCUGGAGUCAACAGGAAUAGAUGAAGAAGAAAAACCGACAUCAAAUGAGGGCCAAACAUCCAACAAGUCGCACAAGUCUGUGUGUCAUGGUUCAUCUGGUGUUACAGUAGACCAAGAUGAGGAGAGAAGCCCCAGCACAUUGUCGGCUCAGUCUGGCAAGUCCAAAUACACAAGUGAAGCACUGGUCAUCAACCCAGAAGAGGAAGCAGAGGGAGAAAAUGCUAUAGAAAGAGCAGCCAGCUUCCUGUCAGACAAAUCUGGUGCAUCAGUCAAGUCUAAUAAGUCCAGCUGUAGUAAAGUUGCAUCUCCAUUAGACAAAACAACUACAGAAGAAGAUGACUCAGGUAAUAGAGCUUCUAGUAGCCUCUCUGUUAAGUCAAAUACUUCUGCUAAGGCUGACAGCGUCCUAUCAGAUAAAUCAACUAAAUCAAAUGUUCCUGCAAAGUCUGGCACAUCUCACAGGUCUGCUUGCAGUCAUUGUGCAAAAGCAACAUCUCCAGUUAGUAAGAUAGAAGAGAGACCCAAAGAUGACCUAACAGAAAGGGAAGAAGAAGCAGGGAUAGAGGAAAGGGCAGCAAGUGCAAUGUCAGCAAAAUCUGAUCGGUCUGAUAAAUCCUCUAAGUCUGCUAAAGCUUCACAAAGAUCUUCUUCUCCUACAUCAGAAGCUAGAGCAGAUGGAGAAGAAAGGGCUACAAGUCAAUUGUCUGGAAGACUUUCUGUUAAAUCUGCAAAGUCAUCUAAGUGUAAUGACAAUGAAAAGGCAGCAUCUCCAAGCUUACAAGUGGCAGAGGAUGCUGAGGAAAGCGAGAGGCCGGAGAGUAUGAUGUCAGCUAAAUCAGAAAAUGAAAAGAGGCCAGCCAGUGCUCGAUCCGGUAAAUCAGCUUCCUCUGCGAAGUCUUGCCAUGUAAACACUGAGUUAGACGGCACAGUGGACAGAUCCCCCAGCGCUACUUCAGGGAGAUCACACAUCUCUGCCAAGUCCCAGAAGUCAAACCCCUCUGCAGCAUCUCCAAACCACGACAAUACCGAUGCUCCGAUUAUUGAGACAAAUGGAGAAGAGAGCAGCAUGUCUGCUAAGUCAAAAUCUUCAGGGAGGUCCGGUGCUUCUUGCAAGAUGAAUUCUAGCAGAAAUCCUUCAAGGUCAAAUGUUGUCACUAUUAAAACACCAGAAGGGGCUGAUGAGGAAGGAAAUGAGAGAGCACCGAGUGUCGCAUCAGGAAACGAAGCUGGUGAAAAUGUUAAUAAUGCACCAAAAAGUAAAUCUCCUGGAAGCUCUCAUGGCCAGACACUGUCACCAAAAAGAACACCUUUGCUUCAGACGCAUUCACCUAAAACUCCAGCUGGAUCCCCCAAAAGCUCUAAAUCCCCUGCACAACAUCUGCAGCCUGGCUCCUGUGCUGGAGAGACAAGAGGGUCCAGUGCCUUGUCAGUUCACUCCACAACCUCAGUUAAAUCUGACAGAGCCAAAUGUCGCUGUGGAGCAGGGUCAGGGGAGAAAGAAAAGGAAGAGGAGAAUAAGGAGGAUGGAAAAAGUGAGGGAGCUUCCAGCUUCUUGUCAUCCUCAUCAAAGAGGCAGAGGAAAGAAUCAGAAGGCACAGAGAAACCUUUGAGUCGUGCUUCAUCUGGGUCGGUGUCUCUUGGGCUGCCCGAGGACCAAGAUACAGCUGAUUCAGACAGUGGCAAGUCUAGUGUUUCUUUUUACAAGAACACCGAGGCAACUCAAAAUGCCCCCAAAAGCCCAGCGAGUUCCUCUGUAAAAAACGAUAUGGAGAUAACAGGGUCAUCUGCGUCUCAGAGGUCCAAUGGAAGCAGUCAAUCUCACAAUCCUAUCCCUACUAUUGAAAUGCCCAGAGGAGGUGAAGAUGGAGGUGAAGAAGGUCUGGAACAAAACACAGAAAGAGCCACCAGUGCAGUUUCAGUUAAAAGCGGCAGGUCUCACAAGUCCUGUAGCAAGUGUAGUGUCAAAUCAGCUCAGAUGCCUGAAUCUAAAGAAAGAGAUGCAAGUCCUGGCCCUAUUCCUAGCCCUUCUAAAACAGGUAGUGUGAAGUCUGUGUCAGCAACAAAUGGGAGCAAAAUGGAUACCGUUAACAACAGGGCCUCAUCUGCAAUGUCAGGAAGUGCUGAAGUUCGGAGCAAAUCCCCUGCAAGUGCCAGCGUUAAAGAUGCAGCAAAAAGUUGUGUUUCAACAAAUAGUGACACUGAAAACCAGGAUAUCAGUAGACCAGCUAGCGAGGUCAAGGAUAAGCAGGAUUUUGCACAAAAUAAAACAGCCAGCAUCUACUCCCAAAAUCCCUGCUGUCUCAGGCCUGAGUCAGCAGCUUCAACUCAGUCAAAGUCUAAAAAAGCUUUGCAGGAGAGUGAGGGAAAACAGGAUUUAGUCAAAUCAGAAGGUUUGAGUCCAGUCAAAAGUAAAAAAUCCAGGUCAGAAACAUCAAGUUCACAGAGGAAAGAAACCCAUGUUAAAUCCUCUAGUCCUUGCUCCUUACGCAGCUCCAAACCAGACAGCAAAGUAGAGGCUUGUAGCGAAAGCACACUGUCUCACUCUCUGUCAGCUGCUGAUCUGCUGAAGGAAACCAUGGCUGCUGCACGCCAAAACAGCCAGCAGUCAAAAGCCAGCAAAACCAGUGAUAAACCCAGAAGUGAGAAAAGUGAUAGGUCUAAGAGAAGCAGAGCUGUCAAAGAGCGGGAGGGUGACAUGGAAGUGACACCUGCCUGUCUGCCUAACGCAUCCCCCAAUGAGGUUGUCAGUGACUGGCUUCGGAGCAUCCCAGCUAACACCAGCCUGCAUGCACUUGGCAAUGAGUUAAAUGAGGAAUUGGAGGAACACAAGGAAAAGGAAAUGGAAGACACACGUGGAGAUGAGACGAAAAAAGAGGAGAGCUCCGGAGAUGAGAGCGCCGACAAGGAUGAGAAAGUUGGGUCGGGAGAAGAAGGGGAAAAAGAGGAUGAUGGCAAAUGUGAUGCAGCAGAAGAGGAGAAAAGUUCAGGUCCAGGCUUUGGUGAUGCAGUGGGGAUUCAUCUGUCAAAGAACUGGCAUUGUUCUGCAGCCGUGAUGAAGGUUCUUUUGAGCUCUUCUUCGGGUCGAUGCCGGAGCAUGCCCGAGGUGUCUCCUGUUUAUGGUCGUAGACUAAGCACAUCAGCCAGGGGCCUUUUGGACUGUUUAGCCCAGCUCCAGCUCAUUGAGCCAGCAGCAGGCAGCGGCAGUCAGGAACAGAAGGACCGCAAGCAGCAGUAUGAUGAGAUAAUGGCCAUUCUUCAAUCUCUCUGGCUCACUGAACCAAGGGACAUUGAGGUCAAAGAGGCUAAGGACGGUGGAUUGGAGCAGGUGACGCCACCAAGAUCCUCAUCCGGAGUGGGUAUGAGCAGUGGCUCAGGCGGAUCAGGGAAGGACAAUGGACAUCAAGGAGAAGAUGAAACACCUGCAAAAGAAACUGAAUUGCUGCAGGAAGAAGAGGUUGUGGCAAAGGUUGCAGAAGAGGACGAGGGGGGUACAAAGACCAAAGAUGAGGAAAACGGGACAGAACCCGAGGAGACUUCUAAAGCAGAGGAACUGAUGAAGAGUGAAGAGCAAAAUGGAAUUCCUCAAAGCCCCAAAACCACUGAGAACCCAUCAUCAUCAGACAAGAGCUCAACCAACAACAGUUCCAAAUCUGCCACGGAUAACGAAAGAGAGACCCUGGAAGGCUCCCCCUCUGACACACCCCCAAAUGCUCCACGAGCACCCUUGUCCAAAAGAUUAUCACAAGACCCUGAUCCAGUGUGGGUACUCAAUCUGCUGAAGAAGCUAGAGAAACAAUUCAUGAGCCACUAUAUUGAUGCCAUGGCAGAGUUCAAAGUUCGUUGGGACCUGGAUGACAGCAUCAUCUUGGACACCAUGAUCUCCGAGCUGAGGGAGGAGGUGAGCCGGCGCAUCCAGAGCAGUAUCCAGCGGGAGAUGAGGAAGAUUCAAAGUCGCGCCGGCAAAGGGGGGAAGUCGCCUCGGCCACCGCAGUUGGCGAAUAUCUCUCGGGAUUCCACCAUGACGGAGAGGAGGCGUCGAAUGUUGAAGGUGAUGAAAAACCAGUCUGUAAAAACUGCUGAUUCUCACAGUGAUGAAGAAACGGCGGGUGAGUUCAGCGACCAGCGAAGUGAUGACGAGUACUGCCCCUGCGAUGCUUGCGUCCGCAAGAAAAUGGCUACUCGGCCUUUUAAAACCAAUCCACUAGCAGCUGAAGCUCCUGUGAUGAUGGAAUUUGACCUCCUGAAGAUACUUCAGCUCAAGAAAAGUCCAUCACCUGCACCUGUAACGGUGCAUCAACCUCAAGAGGUUGUUGAUGAGGAAGGGAGGAAUUUAGAGGUAGUUCGGGAGGAAGAGGAGGAGGAUGAAACCAAAGAGGACAUCAAAGCCGAUCUUGUUUUAGAGGAGACGAUUGCUGAAGAGGACGAGGAAGUAGAACAGGAUAAAGAUGAGGGAGAUACACAAGAAGAAGCGGAGGAAGAGGAAGAUAGUGAAGAGCAGGAAGAAGGCGCAACAACUGGUGAGGAAGCUGAGCAAGAUGAGACAUCUGAAAAAGGAGAGGAGGAUGAAGGAGAGUGUACAUGUCAGUGUACCAGAGAGCAAGAUGAGAACGAGAAAGAUGAGCGAGAGGAGGCUGAGGAAACAAGUAGUAAUACUGGUGAUGAAGGGGAGAUGGGAGGAAAUGAGACAGGAGAAAAGGAGGAUGAGACGGAAACUGGGGAAGAGGAAGAGGAGAGUGACAAGGAGACAGUAAAAGAGGUAUCAUCAGGCGAAGUAGAGGAAGAAUCCGGGGAAGACGGAACUGCAGAAAUUGCAGCAAAUGAAGAAUCAACGCUGGUGGAGGAGGUUGUGCAGGGAAAUGUCAGUGCAUCAGCAGAGGAUGACGAUGAUGAAGAUGAUGGCACGGGAGAAGGAGAGUUACACGAAGAUGAGAAGGGGGGAGAGAGUGAGGAGCAGGAGGGAGAAGCAUCUGAGGAGGAGAGAAUCUCCUGUCAGAGCCAAAAGGCAACUCCAACUAUCUGUGUGACUGAGGGAGAGGAAGCCGACGCCGAAGACUCGGACGACAGUAAACGUCGGAGUGACACCGGCGUUGAAGAUUCAGGACAGGAGGAGACUGGAGGUACAGGAGAUGAGGAGGAGAAAGAGAGCGGAGAAGGUGGAGAAGCUGAUGAAGAUACAGUAGAGGAAUUCAAGCCUGAGGAAGAUAGCACAAACAAAAAGGAGGGGGCACUCCUCCAUCAGUUCACCAAGACCUCAGUAGAGUCCCAGUCUGGCUCCAUGGAGGAAGUUGACAUGGAUCCAUCCUCAAACCCUGUGGACGCUAUAGAGGUGCCCAAAAUGGCCGAUGGUGUAUCCACUGGUGGUGGCGUUGGCCACAAGAGGAGCCGGUCACCAGCCAGGGUGAAACGACGCAAACCCAAGGAGAUUGACAAUGAACUGGAAGACUUUUGACUCACAACAUGGGACAACAUGUCAGGUGGAUCCCAGACGUGGUAAACAUCAGGACAAAAACAUGCUCUUUCAGAAACUACUCUGGUAAAAUGUCUCAUUCCUUUGGUUGGUGUUGAACACUCAAAGCACUUUAUUCAUCCAGAUCUGGUAGGUGUCACUGUGAUUCACAUAACUGAUAUUUCCCAUGAUUGUAGAAACCUGACACUUGAAACAACUUAAUUUAUUCAUGUAUUUAUGAAUUAUAUUUGGUAAUUUGUAUAUUUUUGAAGUUAACUAUUUAACAAAGAACAUGUUAUCAUAUUUUUGGAACUAAAAGAACCCUUUUUGACACCUGUGAGGGGAAUUAAAUGAACUCUGUUUUGUGUUCAGUCAG